AUGGAAUGGAUAAAAUUAGAUUUAACCGGAACUCCACCUACGGGUGUAAAAGAUUUUGCUAUAGGUUAUGGUAAAGAUAAAAAUACGUUAAUUAUUUUUGGAGGAACUACGGCAGAGGGAAUUAAAUCUAAACAAACAUUUUUAGCAGAUUUAAAUACUUUACAAUGGUCAACACAAUCAGGUACAGGACCUCAAGCCCGAUCCAAUAUGAUAUACGGAAUGGAUGUUUGGGGAUCAUAUCGAAAUAAUUUUGUAAUUUCUGGUGGACAAGGGGAUUCGAAUGUGAUCUUUAAUGAUACUUGGGCAUUUGAUAUAAAUUAUAAUACCUGGACCCAAAUUACCAAUGUGAUAUCAACGAAUGGUACAGUCCCUCAAUUAUAUUCGGCCGUCGGAGGAAUUGAUACAACGGUUCAAACGGGAAGUAACACGAACCCUUCUACCAUCAUGUGGAUUUCUCAUGGUACGGAUGGUAAAACGUUUAAUACGGAUUUAUGGGCUCAAGUAUUUCAAGGAAGUUUGUCAACCAAUGGAAAUAAUAUCUCAUCUGUAUGGUAUAAAGUUCCGAUCGGAGGUGAAAUCCCCAAAGGAAGGAAUGAAGUGGCGGGAACAGUUUUACCUGGAGGUCGGAUCGUAAUGUAUGGAGGGUGUGAUAAACUUAAUAAAAAUUGUGCGAUAUCAAAUGCAUCCUCUUUACAAUUAGCUGCUGGAUAUAAUACGAAUCCAGGAAUAAUGACAUCAUCAUCAAUUUGGAGUUCUGCAAGUACUUGUUUAGGUCAAAGAGUUGGAGCCGCAAUGGUAAUGAAUGGAAUUACAGGUGUAUCAUUUGCUUCACAAGCCAUUGUAUUUGGAGGUAAAACAUCAAAAGGUAAAUCGGUUGGAGUAGAUGGAGAAGUUGGAGUUAUGGAUGCUAGAGAUGGAGGUCCAUUACCUAAAACACGAUCCGGAGCUCAAAUGGUAGCCGCGGGUAGAAAAGUAACUAAUGAUGAUCAAAAUGAUUCAGAUGUUUUUGAUAUCUUAAUGUUUGGUGGAGAAGGAUUAGAUGGUGAAACCAGUUCAUUUAAUGAUUUAUGGAUACUUCGAUUACAUAAUAAUCCCACAUCAAAAAAUAAUCCCGCAUCAAAUAUGAAACCGAUUGAUUUUUUAAAAUGUAUUAAAGAUGAACAUGAGAAAAAUCAUGAUGAAAAUUCUGGUUUUGAAUAUAAUAAUAAUUCAAUACCUAAACUUCACAUAAUCUUAUCAAUUGUCAGUUUCAUAUUUUUACCGAUUGCCUCAACAAUCUUAAGAUUUGGAUCAAAAAUUACUUGGAUAAGAAUUAUUUAUGGAAUUUUAAUAUUAUCAUCUUACGUUACAGCUAUUUGUGGAUUUGCGAUAAUUUAUAAAUAUUGUAAUGAUAAGGAUUUUCCUCAUUUCUCAACUAUUCAUGGAAAUUGGAUUUCAUUUGCUUGGGUUGGAUAUCCCAGAGGUAAAAAUAGUUUAUUAGUUAAAAUUAUGACAAAAAUUUCUGGUAAAACGAGUAAAAUUGAUGAUGAUAAUGAAGAGGGUAGAAGUGGAGGUGGUGGAAGUGGAUUAAGAGUAGAUGAUGAUGAUAAUAGAAGAAGAAUAUCAAUUAGAAGUAAUCAAUCUCAUGGAGGAAUAGGAGGAGGACAAUAUUCAAGAAAUAAUAUUAUGGGUAACGUUGAAGAAGCAGAUGAACAAGCUGAACUUGAAAAAGAAAUUACUAAUAGAGAAGUGGUGGUAAUGACUAUACCGAAAAGGAGAUUAACUGUAGUCAAUUAA